GUGACAUUAGACCUUCAUAAUGACGUUAUUUCUUCGACAUUUUUGUUGGUCGGCGCUCGUCAGUAGUGCCCUAAAAAUGCCGACAUUAUGACGUCACUAUGUUAAUUCACGUGUUGUAGUUUUGACUAUGAAUAUAACGUUAUCAAAUACAGAAUAAAUCGUACUAAGUGACAAACAUUGUAAGGAAAUAUUUGAACUAUUAUCUAAACAGCAUUAUCAGAUAGUAAGAUAUCAUUCUCUCGAUAACAAGCAUACCCAAGGAAAGCAUGAAAAAAGUGAUCGUAUCUGCUUUGACUGUUGCUGUCAUUUUACUUAUUUUUUCUGAUCUGGUAGAAUCCCAAAGCACUCCCCUGAGUUUUGAGGAUUGGUAUGAAAAAGUUUUUGGAAAAAAGUAUGUGACAACCACAGAGCUUGCUGAAAGCUUCGUUCCCAAAGGAAGAUGUUUGGCUUGUGUCAGAACGUGUAGAUCUGGCUUUGUAAGAAUCAAUGGACGAUGUUUCCGCCUAUUUUCGGAUGAUUUCGAUUAAAUCAUGGUUGAACCAAGAGACCGUUCCUCGCAGAAGCUUUGUCACCCUAAGCAUAAUUACAGCUGCUGCAAGUAUGGAUAUUUAUUUACCAUGUGAAUUAAGAAUGUAUUAUUUAAUUGUCAAAUAAAAACUAUUAUUUAUUUGUAUUCACUACUUCUACAAUACUUGUAAAAGUUCUAAGUAAAAACUUCUCGACUA